CUGAACACAGUUAGCCUGAAUGAGAAUAUUUCAUACGCAAGAAACAUGACGGAGAAGCUGAAAGAUUCACGUUUGAAGGAUAAAUUUAUAAAGCAUCUACCUUUCCUGACGCGACCCGUAACUCACAAAGAAGAUUGGUUUUUCGCAUGCUUAUUCGGUGCUCUGCAUGCACUAAUUGUUACUUUAAUUUAUCACCAUGUUCCUGAACCAUAUAUGGAUGAGAUAUUUCAUAUUGGUCAAACCCGAAGAUAUUGUGAAGGGAACUAUACUUGGGAUCCAAUGAUUACAACUCCUCCUGCUUUAUAUGUCUUAGCAGUACCUUUCUGUAAUGGCUAUGAACGAUACGUUAAUUCUCUGCUGUACAUACUAUUGUUUGUGUACGCCAGCAGAUUCCGCCGAAUGUUCUUGAAAGAUAAUGUCUCAAGCACUGUUAUGGCAGUGGUACUUCUUCCCGUUCUUCUUCAUUCUUCAGUUCUGUUUUACACGGAUCUUCUAUCUUUAGUCUUCGUUGUUGCGGGCUUCUCAAUCCAUUCCCGAUUUUUCGCUUCAAUAGCAUUCCUUCUUGCCUGCUUCACAAGACAAACGAAUAUUGUAUGGGCUGGAUUAUAUGCUUUAGUUCGCAUAUAUCACCACUUCGAUUCAAGGAGUCCAGUGCGUUCCUUUUUACGAUCAGUUUUUAAGCUUUGGUCAUUCGUUGUUCUUGCUCUACUUUUUUUGGCUUUUGUAUAUAUCAACAAGGGCAUAGUGUUAGGAGACCCUUCUGCUCAUGAACCAAAGUUACACUUUGCUCAAUUUUUUUAUUUCUUAUUAUUCUGUGCGCUUCAUGCUUGGCCCAAUGUAUUCCGAAAUCUCAGUGGGUUACUGCAGGAAUCCAUGAAACCUUUAGCUCUGUUGUCUUUGGGAGUUAUAGUACCCGUGAUCAAUUACUUCUCAUUCGAUCAUCCUUACUUGUUAGCUGACAAUCGACAUGUUCCAUUUUAUUUAUGGCGUUGGUGGUUGAGUAAUCCUUUGAAAAGGAUCGCCCUUGCUCCCGUCUACAUGAUAUCCUUUGUUUUCCUUCAAAGAUUGUCUUCCCAUAUACCGUUACUGGUUAGAGUUUUAUUUUGCUUGUGUACAUUGGCAGUUGUAGUGCCGGCUCACCUAAUCGAACCUCGAUACUUUAUAAUCCCAUAUACUCUUUGGAGAUUGUCUGCAAGAUCUCUGAAACCGUUAUCAGUCAUCGAAGUUUUAAGUCAACUCUUUGUGUUCGCAAGCUUACUGUACUUGUUCAUUUUCAAACCUUUCGAAUGGUCUCAUACUCCAGGUGUAAAGCAAAGAUUCAUGUGGUAA